CCUUGUGCUUCUGUUGCUUUGUUGUACCCCUUCUUCUGCCUGCUGAGCAAGGUGGAGGAAAAGUCUUUUGUCGAGAUGAGUGGUUCUCACAGAAGACUCGACCCUGAUUUUGAUCUACGAAUGGCUAACCAAGUGAAUUCCAUGACCAUGGAUGUAACCUAUCUGGGUCAUGCCUGGUUUGGUUUUGGAAUCAAUUGAAAUGGGCAAAUGGUAGGCUCUACCGUGGUAGUGGGAUGUCUAAACAAUUCAGACGAUGCUAUAGUAGCAACGAAAGAGCUGCCAUGAGAGCGGAGAGAUACUAUCUAGAGCUAUGAGCCAAGAACCUGUACCGGUACAGGAUUAAGCAUCUUGAGCACAGCACGAUCACCCGAAACCAGCAACGCUCCCCCUUUUAAGAUGCUCUGCUGGUUUCUAUUAUGCAUUCCCACGAGCAAGCUGGACACAGCUUCUUGCUCCAAGACGGAACAUCUUCCACUUCUGCUGUUGCUUGCUUGGAACUUGGAAGCAGAAGGAUGAUGAACAACUGACGAUCUUGCAACCACAUGUGACCUACGUCAACACAAGAAAGACACGGUCAUCAUGGUUUCUUUCUUCGGGUCGAACGUCAAGAGAAAGAGACCAAUGAGAAGUCAAUUGCAGAGAUGCCGAGCAGAACGCAAUUCUUAAAGAUACCUUGUCCAUGUUUCGGACAAGUCCAACGUAUUUUGGUCACAAUAUUGCAAAACUCUGCCAUCCCCCAAGCAGUUCAUUGAGUUUGUUAUUGGCCGACCACAGCCACAGAUCCCAUUGUAUUGGACUCCAAAGCCAAUAAUACCAAGCCUCUGCAUCCACUUUCCUAGCCAGAUAGCUAGUACUAUUUUGCUUCAAGGAAACCACCAAGCAUAGCGGAACAUGAUUCUGGAGAUCUUCAAGGCAUCGAUCCAUUCGGUGGGGACGGCCAUCACCAUGACGGCCGCGGGAGUUUAUCUGCAUCGUCGAGGCAUGAUCACGAGUGAAACCAAGACAGGCAUGGCCCGUUAUACCCAACAGAUUGCCAUUCCAGCCCUCUUCUUUACCAAGAUUGUGGACUGUCCGCAAAACUUUUCUCAUGAUCAGUGUCCCAACAUUUUGUCUCAUUUGGGCGACGCUUGGGUCUUGCUGGUGUGGCCCAUCUAUGUGCUGGGAGUGGGGUUGUUGGUGGGGUACAUCAUGAUCAAAAUUGUCCAACCACCCAAAUGGCAGCACAAUUGCGUGCUGGCUGCAACUGCCUUUGCCAAUGCCAUGGGAAUGCCCAUUACGCUGUUGGAUGUGAUUGGCCACAAUUUUGUUCCUCCUGGUCCCAUCAACCACAAUCUUGAUCCCACUCGAUUUCAAUCCAUCUAUGUUAUUUUGAACCCAGUCUUGCAAUGGGGACUUGGGGGAUGGCUGCUCAGUAAGGAUGAAGAGGAAGAGUACGAACUACAACCUGGGAAACAAGAGUCCUUCCGAGCGAAUGAUACCAUGGUCCCCAUUGUGGAUCCUGCGGAUAUUUCGUUUGGAGGAAAACUGAAUUCCUUCCGCAAUCGCAGAAAGAUCUUGUCGUUUAUAUCCUUGGAGGAAGCUGGCUAUGCCUCGGAAAGCACCCCACCUUCAGGCGUUCCAACAGUCAAUGAAGACGACAAUGUCGGACUGGAAGAAGCAGGUUAUACCACGGAGGAAAGCACUCCACUGCAACAAAGUCGCGGCAUGAAAGAGCCAACCUACACAGAGGAGGAUGAAUUGAUGAGCAAAGAUGGUGAAAGCUACGGCAGUUCCUGGCAAGAAACAGAGGAAGAACUUGGCGCCCAAAUUCCACCUCCCAUUGCUCCACCAGCCAAACGUCAAUCAUCUCGUGUUGUUGUUGUCAAGCACCAACCACCAGAAGGAGAAUUGUGGCGAAUUCUCAAAAAGAUUGCCUCGAAGGCAAUGCAGCCACCGGCGAUUGGUGCCAUUUUGGGGUUUCUGGUGGCCAGCUAUGCUCCGCUCCGAGGUCUCUUUGUCGACAUGGAACAUCGCGCGGACAAUGCACCUCUGGAAUGGAUCUUUGAUGGUGUCUUGACGCUAGCCGAAUCCGCCAUUCCAGUGAACAUGUGUGUGGUAGGUGUCAACUUGGACAUUGCCUCUCAACGAAAGAUUUCCCCCAGCGGUCAGAAUGGAGCCAGUGCCAAGACGAUCGCUGCUGUGGUUCUUGGCAAAAUGUUGAUCAUGCCCAUCAUUGGGAUUACCACGGUUUGGAUAUUGAAGACCUACUUUUGGGACAUUCCGCAGGACAUCCAAUUUCAGUUCUAUCUGGUACUCGCGAUGAAUUUUAUUACCCCGACUGCCAACGUGGUAAUGGUGAUUGCAGAAUUGGGGUCGGGGCCAGACUCGAAGAAUGUCAUGGCCUCGCUCAUUGGCUGGCAAUACGUUGCGGCACCCUUUUUGCUGUCCUUGACUGUCAUGCUGGUGGUUUGGGUUGCAGUGAUGUAGCGGGGAGCCCUGACGGACAAAAAAGGAAAGAUUGGACUUCUAACACGGAAAGAGGCAGCUGAUGGCUGUCGUGGUCAAACGGCAAUGGGAUUGCUCUGCAAUAUCAAACCCACUGGAAUCUAGCUGCAGGUCGCAGACCUAUCCGUGCUGCUCUGGAAGUCAGCUCUGGAUUGUUCAAAAGACAAUCUUCCCAACUCUAUUGAGACGAACCACAUCCGAGACGGCGUCAGUGGAUGCAUAGCAGAGCGACCACGGCUGCAACUCUAUAGAUGAUGUAUUGUGUGUAGUAGUUGAUUUGAACUUCAA